AUGUCGACAUCUGAAGCCCUUGAUGAGCUGGUAGCUCGCUUUUGGUCCAGUGAGGAAGUUGGAACGGCGAAGAACUAUUCACCACAAGAAGCACAAUGUGAGGAACAUUUCGUGCGAACGGUUCAACGUGGGGAAGAUGGCCGUUACACAGUCUCUCUACCGAAAAAUGAAGAGGUUUUGAGGUUGAUAGGAGAAUCGGAAAACAUCGCAGUUAGCCGUCUUCAAAGUACCGAGCGCCGAUUGGCAAGGGACGCUGAUCUUCGUAGUCAGUACUGCUCUUUCAUGGAAGAGUAUCUCCAGCUUGGCCAUAUGGAUAAGGUCGAGGUUGGUCAAGUCUCGCCGGGACGCUGCUAUCUACCGCAUCAUCCAGUAGUAAAGGAAGCUAGUACGACAACCAAGGUUCGUGUGGUCUUCAAUGCUUCAAGCGAGACGUCGACAAGGGUGACGUUGAAUGAUGCACUGCUGGUGAGGCCAAUCAUCCAGGAUGAUCUACGACCAAUAAUUAUGCGGAGUAGAACGAAACAGGUGAUGCUUGUUGCGGACGUUGAAAAAAUGUUCCGCCAAAUUAUGAUUUGUAAGGAGGACAGACCGUUACAAUCUAUCUUGUGGAGACCAUCACCGGAGGAAGAAAUAAGUACGUGUGAGCUAAAAACUGUCACCUAUGGUACAAAACCGGCUCCGUAUUUAACGACCAGGGUUUUGAAACAGCUGUCGGAAGAUGAAGAAGAGAAAUUUCCACUAGCGGCCAAGGCAGUACGGGAGGAUACAUAUAUGGACGAUGUGAUAACCGGUACAGACGACGUGGAUGAGGCAGUGAACAUGAGAACGCAGUUGCAGGAUCUCAUGAAGGCUGGAGGAUUUAGGCUACGCAAAUGGGCAUCCAACCAAUUAGAAGCGCUGGACGGAGUUCUACAAGAAGAUUUAGCGAUCCCAUCAACGAAGGAGAUUUGCUUGGAUCCAGAUCCAUCGGUGAAAACACUCGGUUUAACAUGGAUGCCGGGAACGGACACUCUUCACUUUCAAUUUACCGUCCCAAGUUUGGUUGAUCUGGAACCGCUGACUAAACGGAAGGUUCUGUCGGUGAUUGCCACGCUGUUUGACCCGAUAGGUCUCAUUGGAGUUACCAUUACGUCCUUCAAGGUGUACAUGCAGCUUCUGUGGACAAUAAGGGACGAAGAUGGGGAACGACUGGACUGGGACCAACCGCUACCCAAAACGGUGGGUGAGACAUGGCGAAACUAUCAUCAACAACUGCCAAUUCACAACCAGAUCAAGAUCAACAGAUGUGUAAUCAUUCCGAGGGUCGUACAAGUGGAGCUGCAUUGCUUUUCGGAUGCGUCAGAGAAGGCCUACGGUGGAUGCAUCUAUGUUCGGAGCGAAGAUUUCGAGGGAAGUGUUCUAGUGCGACUGUUUGCGUCGAAAUCAAAGGUUGCACCUUUGAAAAUUCAAACCAUUCCAAGGUUGGAGCUGUGUGGGGCGCUCCUGACGGCAGAACUACACGAAAAGGUCAGCCAAGCCAUCCGAAUUCCUGCUGAUUCGAGCUACCGCUAUUUGGAAACGGCUGAUCACACUUCUCCGAACACCGAAGAAGGAUAG